GCUCACAUAUCAAACCAGAGCAGAGGAAGCAGCUGAGCAGCCUGAGUCACGCUCAUUCACACGACUCACAAUGACAGAAACUGAGAGAGCUGUUCUGGAGACCAAGGCCAAACCUCUGGCCUUCAGCUCCCAGAAAGAGAUGUUCGAGAAGAUGGAGGAAUCUUUUAAAAUCUGUGCUUACUGUGAGAAGCGGCCAAACCAGCUUUCAAACCCACAGAAUCUUAAGCGUUGUGCCAGAUGUCUGAAUGUUUACUACUGCUGUAAGGACUGUCAGAAGAAUGACUGGCCCAAACACAAGAAGUUCUGCUCAAAGCUGCGCCAAGCUGCCAUUGACAGAGUUGUGGAGUGGCUGGUGUUCAAAGGUGACCUCCCGUUCCCCACAGAGAAAUGGUCAAAGCCCCAGUCAGAGGUGAAGGGUUGGGACGACUGGGUGGCCAUGCAGGGAGAUCUCACAGCUCGCCUCGAUCCCGUCUUAAAUGGAGCAAACAUGAAGGACCUGUGGACCAACGCUGGCAGGCCUCGGCCCGACGAUGACGACCUGAAGCAGUCGCUGUGGAGGGUUUGCAGCGAGUUCUUCUCCAGGCCGCUUACGAUAGCCUGGGGCAUGAGGCUGUUUGGUCUCAACCCUUAUUCCAAACCUCUCACCGUCCACCUGGUGGGAGUAGGACACAGUGAGACGCUGGCGGCCAGACUGACGGACUACAACGAGCUGAACAACAUGUUCCCUGGACACCAGGGUAUAGAGAUAGUGAUGGUGGGGCCCGAGGUGGUGAACGGGCCCAUAGUGAGGCCUCCUCUGAGAGCGUUCGGCCCCAAGCACAACGUUUACAUCAGCGCCUACAAGGGCCUUUAUCACCAGUUCUGGGAGGAGCUGGUGGAGAAAGACGAAGCGGCAAAGCCAGACCUGGUGGUCGGAUUUCAUCCCGGGUUUGAUGCCAGUCAAGGCCUGGAUGAGGGUUGGCUUCCAACUCUUCUGCUCCUCAGGGAUUAUGAUAUUCCUUCUCUUUUCACUGCUCUCAAUGAGACAGAGAUGACUUACUCGCUGCAGAUCCUGCUGGAGUUGGAGAUGGACAUGAAGGGAAGUGGAGAAAAUCCAUUUGCAUCGCUGAAGCCAGAAGUGGUGGGUUCAGGCCCCAACCAGCCUCCCGUCUACUGCAACUCCCACUACUUCUCCUUCCAGGGUCUGCUGGAGACCAUCGAGUUUGAGGACCCAGACGAGGCCUGAAGGACAACACACUGUAGAGUUUCAUGAUUUAUUUUUUUUUACUGUGAAGUUUUGUUUUUCUAUGUGUGAUGCGAUGAUGUAAAAAUGUCUCAAAGUUGUUUCAAAGUGUUACCUAUUGGCUGGGCUUGCAUUCACUAUCUCAUUUUAAUGGCUUGCA